UUUGUGUCACAUGACAUUUCAAGAUAAUAUUUGUAUUUUUACUAAAACUGUCACUGUCAGUCACCAGUGUCGCUGACAGGUAGACUCUAAUCUAGACAGAUCUCUAAACUAAACGAGUGUCCUCCCUCAUCCUCAGAAAUAUGUAAAUAUGCUGCAGAUUGUAGAUCUAUUACUGUGGCAGUUGCUGUUGCUUCCUGCUGCUAGCUGUGUAUCUCUGCCACUAGUUCCAUUUCUCUGUGAUAAUAUAGAAACUAAUCAGAAAAUUAAUACAGCACAAAUAAGUAUAAAAAAUGGCAUAUCGAUACCAGACAAUCUGGCAGUUUAUCUACAGACCCAGGAGUGUUAUAAAUGUGACUUGAUAUUGACGACAGCAGUUAGAAAUGAAUGUGUUAUUAACGUUGACUCUAGAUGGCCCAUGAGAGUUGAGAUCAGAGUUAUGUCUCGUAAUGCCAACAUUUCCAAUGUAACUGAAAGCUGCAGCGAAAAGUCGUUAACAAGAAUGUACACUGAGGGAGGACAAUAUUCCAUUUAUAUUGACAAGGAUAAUGACAAUAACAUUAACUGCACACAAGCUGUCAUCAAUGAACCUUCAGACCCCAACAUUCCUAUCUACAUAGCUUUGGGUGGUGCCGUCUUUCUUAUACUGCUUUGGAACUUUGGCAAAUUUUUGUACAGAUUAGGUUACAUUCAUCGUAUUGUGUAUUUCUGGAGCACAGAGAGCAUGAUGUCUGACCUCGGCACACCGACCAACAUCAGUCAGAUGGAUGAUAACGCUGUCAGUCGUCCAGUGGUUGAAGCUAAAGAAAGGUUGAGAUCAUUGGAUACUUUCAGGGGAAUGGCUAUUGUAAUCAUGAUUUUUGUCAAUUAUGGGGGAGGGGACUACUGGUUCUUUGGUCAUUCAACCUGGAAUGGAGUUACUGUGGCGGACUUAGCAUUUCCUUGGUUUAUUUUCAUUAUGGGAACGGCUUUGGCCUUCAGCUUCCAAGGUCAACUCAAGAAGAAUGUCCCCAGAUGGAAAAUAUCUGUACGGAUUUUGAAGCGCUCUGCAAAACUUUUUCUACUUGGCCUUUUGAUAAACUCGUUCGGUGCCGAUUCAGGGGUUGACUUCACAACAUUCCGUAUCCCUGGAGUACUACAAAGAUUUGCUGGCACUUAUCUGAUUACAGCCACAAGUUUUCUACUGCUAGCACCACAGCCUAAUACCAACCAAUAUACUCGCUUGUCUCCCAUUAGAGAUAUUGUAAACUAUUGGCCUGAAUGGAUUCUCUACCUGGCAUUUAUUGGCCUACAUUGUGCUAUAACAUUUGCUUUAGAUGUGCCAGGUUGUCCAAGAGGCUAUCUUGGUCCAGGAGGCUUAGAACAAAGUCGUCAAUACUUUAAUUGCACAGGCGGUGCCUCUGGUUAUAUAGACAGACUGUUUUUUGGGGAAAAACACAUUUACCAAAGUCCAACGUCUCAGGAAGUUUACAAAAGUACUGUUCCGUAUGAUCCUGAAGGUCUGUUGGGUACACUGACUUCCUGUGUCCAGUGUUUUCUGGGAUUGCAAGCAGGUAAAAUUUUGAUCAAUCACAAUGACUGGGUGAAACGAUGUCGACGAUUUUUUACUUGGGCCAUAAUUCUGGCUGGCCUGGGCUUAUUACUGUGUAAAUGUUCCUAUAACGAUGGCUGGAUUCCUAUCAAUAAAAAUUUGUGGUCUUUGUCUUUUGUGUUUGUCCUAUCUGGCAUGGCAUUCUUUCUUCUGAUGAUAUGUUACAUCUUAGUGGAUGUAUAUAAAGUUUGGAGUGGUGGCCCUUUCUUCUUUGCCGGCAUGAAUUCUAUAGCCUUAUACUGCUUACAUGAAUUCUUUUCUGGGAGAGCUCCAGUCUACUUUAUGGUCCAUGAAAGUCACGCCUCACUUCUGCCAAUGAAUCUUUGGGGGACAGCCUUCUGGCUGCUGGUGUCUGUUUAUUUUUUUUACAAGAACAUUUUCAUUACAGUUUAAACGUCUGAAUCUUGAAUAAUGUUGUAGAGUUUGACCAUUUUUACAUGACACGACUUUAUAGAAUAGGACAUCUUUGUUAAGUACAUGACAGGCCCUUGUAGAGUAGAAUAGAUUUGUAUAGGCAAGUGCUUACUCAAUUUUGUUUGUAAUACAGGUCCUUGUAGAGUAGAACAGAUUUGUACAGGCAAGUGCUUACUCAAUUUUGUUUGUGAUACAGGUCCUUGUAGAGUAGAAUAGAUUUGUACAGGCAAGUGCUUACUCAAUUUUGUUUGUGAUACAGGUCCUUGUAGAGUAGAAUAGAUUUGUACAGGCAAGUGCUUACUUAAUUUUGUUUGUGAUACUGGUCCUUGUAGAGUAGAUUAGAUUUGUACGGGCUAGUGCUUACUCAACUUUGUUUGUGAUAUUAUAAAAUAAAACUCAAUGCCUUGUGCAGCAAUGUUUCAGCUCAUAACACAAAAUAAGAUUUAGAAUUGUGAUAAUUUUUAAUUACUUAUUUAUUGUUUGGUGAAAAUGGGUUUAAAAUGUUCAGAUGCUUUUAUGUUGUAACAUAGAUUAGUUACAUGUUCUUGUAGACUUCCUGUUGACGAGGCUUAUUGUUUCUAAUUUUUAUGACAAAAGAACUAGAAGUCAUAUUCAAAUGAACCAAAGAAGACUAAGUGAUAUUGUAUUAUUAGCUUUGGAGAAUAGAAAAACAACAUUAAAACAUGUUUAAAAUAUGUUUAAAAACUUAAAUGAUGUGCUGGUUGUGUCAGCUUUUGGUCAGUAUUUACAUCCAGUGUCAAGGCUGUGUCAUAGAUUGGUCAGUGGUUAGGUUAUGAGAAGUUGUUUAGCUAGUUGUUUGUGCAGCAUCUCUCCCCCCCUCAGUAUAACACACACACACUUUUUACGCAUUUUAAAAAAUAUUUCAAGUAUUUUUUUUUUCUAAUGCCUUUGUACAGCAGUUUUAAAGUUCUUUUCAUUCUACUUUAAACACAAGAAACCAUGUCCAGCAUUAUAUUGAAAGAUGAUUACAUGACUGAAGGACUAUUUCACUUCUCUACUGAUGUUUACAUUACUGAAGGACUAUUUCACUUCUCUACUGAUGUUUACAUGACUGAAGGACUAUUUCACUUCUCUACUGAUGAUGUUUACAUGACUGAAGGACUAUUUCACUUCUCUACUGGCAAUGCUUACAUGGCUGUUUUGUGUGUGUGUGCUUGAUGAGAAAAUGUUUUUUUUUAGUUUAAAAAAAAAUCUAGUCUCACUAACUUGUAGAAAUAAAAAAAAAAAUUAAUUAGAGCUACAUUAAGUCAUUUAAAACAUUGCUUAGAGAGUAGAUUAAAUCAUUCAAAACAUUGAUUAGAGAGUAGAGUAAUUCAUUCAUUUUGUUGGUGUAAAUGAUAGUCUCAAGAUACUUUUGUAGUUCAUUGUAAUGUAAAUUUUUUUUCACUGCCUAUGUCAAUGGCUGUUAAAUGUUUACAUUGUUUAAGGAUUGUAGUGCUUUAACUUUACACGAGGGUAUUGUUACAGCAUGUUCACUAAAUAUGUUCCGGUUAUUAUUUCUUCCUAUUUGAUGUACAUAUAAUGGGUUUAAUUUAAAAAAAAAAAGUGUAACAUAAUAUUGUUAUCUAAAUAUAUAUUUAUAUGUGUCAGUCAUUCUAAAUGUGAUCAUGAGGUAAAAUAAUCAUUAAAUUUGUGAGCCAUAGUUUCAAGGCUCUAGAAAAUGUCCUUCUAGACAAAAACACACAAUAAGGAAAAUUAAACUACAUGUACUAGUAAUUCUUCAGUCACUGUGUUGUAUAGUACUUCAUCUGAAAAGGUUUCCUACAAGAGUAAAAAGAACAAUUCAGAGAUUGAAUAUUGAUUCAGAAUUUAUCGGUCUCAAUAGGGCCACUAAAGUCCAGCAAACUUCAACUUUAUAAGCACACUUAAACAGGUUUUUGAUGACUGUGUGUUGACCAGAGCUGAUGCAAUCAUGUUUUCCUUUCUUCUAUGUCUUUGACUAAUCCCAAAUCAUUGGCUUAGUUUGAAUGAGAUCCUGGCUACCUUUAAGUUUGAAUGAGACCCUGGCUACCUUUAAGUUUGAAAGAUCCUUGCCACCUUUAAGUUUGAAUGACAUUCUUGCUAUCUUUGUUUGAAUGAGAUCCUGGCUACCUUUAGGUUAAAUGAGAUCUGGGCUACCUUUAAGUUUGAAUGAGAUCUGGGCUACCUUUAAGUUUGAAUGAGACCUGGGCUACCUUUAAGUUUGAAUGAGAUCUUGGCUAUCUUUAAGUUUGAAUGAGACCUGGGCUACCUUUAAGUUUGAAUGAGAUCUUGGCUAUCUUUAAGUUUGAAUGAGAUCUGGGCUACCUUUAAGUUUGAAUGAGACCUGGGCUACCUUUAAGUUUGAAUGAGAUCUUGGCUAUCUUUAAGUUUGAAUGAGAUCUGGGCUACCUUUAAGUUUGAAUGAGACCUGGGCUACCUUUAAGUUUGAAUGAGAUCUUGGCUAUCUUUAAGUUUGAAUGAGAUCCUGGCUUCCUUUAAGUUUGAAUGAGAUCCUGGCUUCCUUUAAGUUUGAAUGAGAUCCUGGCUACCUUUAAGUUUGAAAGAUCCUGGCUACCUUUAAGUUUGAAUGAGAUCCUGGCUUCCUUUAAGUUUGAAUGAGAUCCUGGCUUCCUUUAAGUUUGAAUGAGAUCCUGGCUACCUUUAAGUUUGAAAGAUCCUGGCUACCUUUAAGUUUGAAUGAGAUCCUGGCUACCUUUAAGUUUGAAUGAGAUCCUGGCUACCUUUAAGUUUGAAUGAGAUCCUGGUCACCUUUAAGUUUGAAUGACAUCCUGGCCACCUUUAAGUUUGAAUGACAUCCUGGCUACCUUUAAGUUUGAAUGACAUCCUGGCCACCUUUAAGUUUGAAUGACAUCCUGGCUACCUUUAAGUUUGAAUGACAUCCUGGCCACCUUUAAGUUUGAAUGACAUCCUGGCUACCUUUAAGUUUGAAUGACAUCCUGGCUACCUGUUUUUUUUACUAUUCUACUGCACCGAGCAACAGAGUUAUGCCUUAGAGUCACAUGCUAGGUGCCAUUUUUUGUGUGUGUGUGUGCAAUCCACUGUUAAGAGGGUAAGAAAUUGUUUCCUAGGUUUUAUUUAGAAUUGACUUUUUUGAGCUGUAGGAAUCAAUGAAUAUGUUUUAAAAUUUCAUUAGAAAUUUGCUGAUACUGUUGCUUUGUAUUGUCCUGUCUUAUUGAUGUUAUACUUUUGGGAAUAUAAAUUUUAAACUACAAUU